AUGUGUUACGUGCAGCGUUUGUUGGUGCUUGUGAGCCUCAUAGGAUGCGUGGAACUGAUCACAGUCACGACUUCGCAGAAGUACGUCAAUGUUCUGAAAGGUCAAAGCGCCAUGCUGCAGUGUUCGUUCGUUUCCACCGAGGCGGCGACGACCAGCCUCACCAUCCAGUGGGAUGUCGUUACCUCGUCCUCUAUGACUCCACAGCAGGUCUGUUUCUAUCAGUCGGGAAAGAUUGUCAUCACGAACGCUUACGAGGGCAGAGUCACAGCUCCCUCUGCCCCCGCGACCACCAAAAACGCCUCGAUAGUAAUAAACAACAUGCAGCCGUCCGACGCCGGCGUCUACACCUGUGAGGUUCACAACUUCCCCGACGUGGAAGGACAGUCUCAGGCCAACAUCAUCGUGAAUGUGCUCGAGAAGCCCUCCACUCCGUACUGCUCCGUCCACGGUGACGUGGAAACAGGCCACCUGGUCACUCUGACCUGCCACAGCGAGAGUGGGAGCCCCAACCCGACCUACACCUGGACCAGGCUGGAUCAGACCAAGACAAGGAGGCCGGUCCUGGGAAGAAUGACCACGACUGGAAUACUGGAAAUCAAAAACAUGUCCCAGUUUGAGUUUGGGGAGUACCAGUGCAACGCCACCAACACGGUGGGCUUCUCCACCUGCACCAUCGAGCUGAGUCCUGAAGUGGGAGACGGCGUGAUUGCGGGCGCAGUGAUCGGGGCGCUGCUGGGCUGCGUGCUCAUCGUCCUGGUCGUGUGGUUCAUCGCUCACUCGGUGAAGAAGCACAAAUACAGAGCCGUGAAAGCAGCAGAGGCCAACGAGAUGAAAAGGAGCCGUCCCCAGGCCCAGGAGGCGGCGGACAGCGUUCCCAUGGCAACCACAGCCAGCAGCCACCACGCUGAGGCGAACGAGGCGCAUGCUUAAAAAAAAAAAAAAAAGUCCCGAUGAAAACAAACGGGACGACGUCACUGAUCUGAACAACAGGACGUUCAGGCUCUGAUAUAGAGAUAAAAUGCAUUUUUUUAUGUUCACUAUAAUUCAAUCAUUUUUUUCAUUUGCCAAAUUGAUCCUUAGUUUUUUCCUUUAAACCCUCACCAGAGUGCAGAUGCAGAUCUUCCUCUAACAUGGUGUGAAAAUUAAACGAUAAAAGCAUUUUUUUAAAAGUGUGUUUCUAGUACUUUUUGUUUGUUUGUGUUACGAUUUUUAGGAGUAGUGAGAUAAUCAAACCAAACCACUCACACAGCAGGCAGACGAUUCAUUCAUCCAAUACCUGAAUGUACUGUAUGGACCUCUAGGCUGCAUGAAAACAGCUUCAACAUGUGAUCAGAAGUAUGUAAAUGAUGCUGAUUGUGAUAAGGGUGCUAAUGUCUACGGCUGUGAGCACUAUGCAUGGUUUAGGGGUUGUUUUUUUACAGUUACUUUAAAAGACGUUGUUGUGUUUGACCUUAACUUGU